GGUACCACCAAAACAACACAAACUCUACAAAAUGAAAUAAUUUCAGCAAGGAAAAUCCGCGGCUGCUCUGCUAGGGCAACGUGAGUUUGCCGCCAUCCUCCUCCACCCCAAAAUCUUCAACCAACCACAGAGGAGAGCCAUGUCCAGGGCUCGAGUCUACGCCGACGUGAACGUUCAGCGCCCCAGAGAUUACUGGGAUUACGAAUCUCACGUCCUUGAAUGGGGAGAUCAAGAUGAAUAUGAGGUUGUUCAGAAGGUUGGGAGAGGAAAAUACAGUGAGGUCUUCGAGGGUAUAAAUGUCACCAACAACGAAAAAUGCGUGAUCAAGAUCCUUAAACCAGUUAAGAAAAAGAAGAUUAAAAGGGAGAUAAAGAUAUUGCAGAAUCUCUGCGGAGGUCCAAAUAUUGUGAAGCUGCUUAAUAUUGUCAGGGAUGAGCUCUCAAAAACUCCUAGUUUGAUCUUCGAACAUGUCAACAGUACAGAUUUCAAAGUGUUGUAUCCCACACUGACAGAUUAUGACAUUCGCUACUAUAUAUAUGAACUUCUCAAGGCACUGGAUUACUGUCAUUCCCAGGGCAUAAUGCAUCGAGAUGUGAAGCCUCACAAUGUUAUGAUUGAUCACGAGUUGCGGAAACUUCGCCUGAUUGAUUGGGGUCUUGCUGAAUUUUACCAUCCUGGCAAAGAGUACAAUGUCCGAGUAGCUUCAAGGCACUAUAAAGGGCCUGAGCUCCUUGUUGAUUUGCAAGACUAUGACUAUUCAUUAGACAUGUGGAGCCUUGGCUGUAUGUUUGCAGGAAUGAUCUUUUGCAAGGAACAAUUCUUUUAUGGGCAUGACAAUCAGGACCAGCUAGUGAAAAUCGCUAAGGUUCUUGGAACAGAUGAGUUACAGGCAUACUUGACUAAAUAUCAUCUUGUGCUUGAACCUCAGCUCGAGGCUCUUGUUGGAAGACACAGCAAGAAGUCGUGGCAAAGAUUUGUUACUUCAGACAAUCGACAUCUUGUUUCUUCAGAGGCCAUGGAUUUUCUUGACAAGCUUCUUCGAUAUGAUCAUCAGGAAAGGCUUACAGCAAAAGAAGCCAUGGCUCAUCCAUACUUUUCAGAAGUGAGAAGCGCAGAAAAUAGCCAUAUACGGUAGUAACAAACUCCGGAAUCCUUGUAUCUAUGCAGGAAGUGCCUGUGCCUGCUAUUACAUCAUAUUGAUUACUAGCUUAGAUUCAUCACACCUAGAUUUUCCUUUUCAUUUAUCUUUUAACUUGUAUUCUUAUUCCGAGUGUACAGUAAUUUCACUCGUUCAAUUCUCUGAAUGAUUCUUGGGUUUUGGAUCCGUAUAUGUGUGCUGUAAAUGCUGUUAUAAUCUAUAGCUUUAUGACUUGAACCCCUGUGAAUCUCCGCUCACAAUUUAUUGUAACUCACUUGGAACUUACCCAG